CGCAUGCGGGGGGCCGUGGGAAGCGGCGGAGGCUCCGCUGCGGGUCCCGCCCCGCGCUCACGCCGCCUCACUUCCGGCGCGGAGCCUCGCGCCUCCUUCCGCUCCGCGCACUCGGGCCCAGAGGAGCCACCGGGCCGCGACUAUGAGUGAGGCAGAGGUGAAUCCCAAAGCUUACCCGCUGGCUGAUGCACAGCUCACCAAAACGCUCCUGGAUCUUGUGCAGCAGUCCUGCAACUAUAAGCAGCUACGCAAGGGAGCCAAUGAAGCCACAAAAACACUGAACCGAGGGAUAGCAGAGUUCAUUGUGAUGGCAGCAGAUGCAGAGCCCUUGGAGAUCAUCCUGCACCUGCCUCUUCUCUGCGAGGACAAGAACGUCCCUUACGUGUUUGUGCGCUCCAAGCAAGCUCUGGGCCGGGCAUGUGGCGUCUCCCGGCCUGUCAUCGCCUGCUCCAUCACCAUCAAGGAGGGUUCACAGCUAAAGCCUCAGAUCCAGUCUGUCCAGCAAGCUAUAGAAAGACUGUUGGUUUAAAUGCUCACAAGUUUGUGUGUGGAAUAGGAAGGUGGAGUCAGAAGUUAUUGAUGUCUAGCUUCAGUUGAAAUUACCGUUUUGAUACCUGUGUUUCAUUUCAAAACACCACACUUUUGUUUAACCAUGACUUAAUUCUUACUGUUUCUGCCUCUCUUCUCUUUUCUAUUGCUUUACUCCAACAUGUUCAUUGUCAUUGUAUUAUUUCUUGAAAAGUGAUUCUACAACUGUAUUUCUUGUUUGAUGUUUGAAAGAAAAAAAAUCCCCCCCUCCCCUUAUUUCCAUGUCUGCCUGCUCAGGGCUUUUUUAACCCACCCAGGAGCUUCCUAUGUGUUGCAGUAUUUCUGCUAAGCUUCAGCCUCUAACAGGUGUGGGUAACUGUUCCUGAAUAGUUGUCUACUUAAGGGCAAGGCUGUGUUUGCGUGCAGGCAGUUGGAGUUUCGAGUGAUGGAGCAACCAAGAAUCUUUAAGGCAAACAGCAGCUACUGUGUAGCAGCAGACAGAGCUAAGGUCAGUGCACAUAGCACAACCUUUUUGCUUCUUGAAACCAGAGAGACUUCUGUAAGGGGUGCACAAGGAACAUAAAUCUUACAGCAGUGUACAAAGAGGAAACUUAUCUCACUUAAAUACUGACAUUUUAAGAAAAUAAAAUUACUGAUGAAGCCAAAUAGAAUUGUCACUCCCUUGGGGAAGCAUUUGCAAUUCACUGAAGUGUUGCCAGGUGUAAAGCCAAACUGCUUAGAGAUUACCCAAAGGCUGUAGCAGUGCAGUAGAAGACAUGAACCAAGACAACAGAAAGCAAGUAAUUUUUCAGAUGAAUCAACCUGUGUCUCAAGAAGAGAAUGCCAAAUAAUGUUGUGGAAGAGUGUGAAGUGCCACCAGUGUUCUGGCUUAGUGGUGGUUUUGUGGAGCUAGCCUUAGUUAAAUGCAUAUUGUGUAAUCCACUUUCUGCUCUGAGCAGAGGAGUAAAUUUCUGUGUCGGACUGGGUUAGAUCAAAACUCUCCUUGAUUGCAGGAUGCCAAACCAAAGGUAGCAUGGGAGGACAAAUAGGUUCAAGAGCAGAAGGGAAAAGGAAGUUCUGUAAUGUUUCUCCAGAGGCAUUAACUUCAUACCUGUAGUACAUGCAAAGUAGAUGAAAUCAGCUCACCAGAGACUGAAGAAAAAUCAUGUCUGUUUCUUAUAAAUGACUGGCAAGAGUAAAAUCCUUGCUGAUGUGAACACCAUACAAAGAUUUAAGUCCUGUCUGAGGUUUAGAAAGGCUGCUGUUCCCUUCCACUGAUGCUGACUGUUCAACUGUGUUUAAAACCAUGAUGUUGCCAAGGAGUUGCCCUGCUGUACCAUGCCAAGAUGGUUGAUGUAAAACAAAGUGCACAAAGAGCAGAAAUAAAGGAUUCUUGACAAGUAAAA